CUUAUAAAUAGGCCAUAGCUACACCUCUUACAAACCAUCCCAAAACAAAUCUCAAACAACCUUCUUCAUAUCUUUCUCUCUCUCACUCACAUUUACAUACUCCUUUUCUUAUCUUAACUUUUCUGAUCCAAUGGCAGUCCCAGUCAUUGAUUUCUCAAAGCUCAAUGGUGAAGAAAGGGCCAAAACUUUGGCACAGAUUGCUAAUGGCUGUGAAGAAUGGGGAUUCUUUCAGUUGAUCAAUCACGGCAUUUCGGAGGAACUUCUUGAAAGGGUGAAGAAGGUUUCAUCUGAGUUCUAUAAGCUGGAAAGAGAGGAGAAUUUCAAAAACUCCAAAACAGUGAAGCUUCUGAAUGAUAUAGCUGAAAAGAAGAGCAGUGAGAAAUUGGAGAAUGUGGACUGGGAGGAUGUUAUCACUCUCUUGGAUGAUAACGAAUGGCCAGAAAAUACACCAAGUUUCAGGGAAACCAUGUCAGAAUAUCGGUCUGAGUUAAAGAAACUGGCAGUGAGUCUCACAGAAGUGAUGGAUGAGAAUCUGGGCUUACCAAAAGGAUACAUCAAGAAGGCACUGAAUGAUGGAGAAGGAGACAAUGCUUUCUUUGGCACCAAGGUCAGCCACUACCCACCCUGCCCUCAUCCGGAACUUGUGAAUGGUCUCCGAGCUCACACUGAUGCAGGAGGUGUCAUCCUACUGUUCCAAGAUGACAAGGUAGGUGGCCUUCAAAUGCUCAAAGAUGGGGAAUGGCUUGAUGUCCAACCUUUGCCAAAUGCCAUUGUCAUCAACACUGGUGAUCAGAUUGAAGUCCUGAGCAAUGGCAGAUACAAGAGUUGUUGGCACAGGGUUCUGACCUUUACAGAGGGUACCAGGAGAUCAAUUGCAUCCUUCUAUAACCCACCCCUGAAGGCCACUAUAAGUCCUGCACCACAAUUGGCGGAAAAAGAUAACCAACAAGUUGAUGACACUUAUCCUAAGUUUGUUUUCGGUGACUACAUGUCUGUCUAUGCUGAGCAGAAGUUCCUCCCCAAGGAACCAAGGUUUAGAGCUGUUAAAGCCAUUUGAGAAAAGCACUUACUUUCAUAUACAAAUCUGGAAAAACAAAAAAUCGUCUUUUUAUUUUGUUUGCAGGUCUUUGUUCUGUAAGACAUGGUUGACAGUAGCAAAGAAUACCACAUGGUUGCCAUUCUGUUCAUAAUGGGAACCAUAAUGGGUAUUAGUAUUUUCGUUUUAUUUUAGAAUACUCUGCUUUAUCUUCAACUGUAAUGAUGGGAGAUUGUAUGCAUACAUCUGGGCUUGCUUUGUAUAAUAGUAAUAUUGCAUAAAUUCUACUCUGAAGUUAUCCUUUAUGAGUUUC